AACUUUGCAGACCAGCAUGACUGAUUCAACCACUACUCGCCCUACGAUCCUUGUCAUUCACGGGGCAUGGCAUCAUCCUGAAUUUUAUGCCCCCUUCUGUAAGGCAUUGGAAGACUUGGGCUACGAAGCAGUCUGUCCUCGCCUUCUAACCUGCAACAAUGAUGUGCCCCCCACGAAGACAUUGGGGGAUGACGUGGCGCUCAUCCGAAAGACGGCACAAUCGCUCCUUGAUGAUGGGAAGACCGUCAUCGCGGUGAUGCACUCCUAUGGUGGAGUUGUUGGCACUGAUGCCCUACACGGCCUGGCGAUCAAACAUCUGGUCUACAUGACUGCUUUUAUACCCCCUAGUGGCAGCAGCCUCGCGGGGAUGUUUGGCGGCCAAUUGCCCCCUUUCAUAACAGUCGAUGAUGAGACGGAGAUUUUGACUGUCCCUGAUCCGGCGCCCUGUUUUUUCAACGACCUCCCCCCAGAGGAAGCCGCUGCAUGGGCCAAGAAGCUGGUGGUCCACCCAAAAUCUGCCCAAUUCGACCCAAUUUCACACGAGGCGUAUCGUAGCAGUCCCACCACAUACAUUGUGUGCGAACAGGAUGCCGGUCUUAUUCCCAUGGUUCAAGAGAUGAUGAUCGAAAACGUGCGGAAGGCGGGAGUGGAUAUAAACGUUGAGAGACUACCAGCGAGUCAUAGUCCUUUCCUCAGCAUGCCGGAAGAGACUGCCAAUCGGGUGCUAAGGAUUGCAUCCCUAUGAACUAUGAGGUAGCCUAACUGCAUGGGGCGCGGUAUGCGAGACGGUUUUGGCGGAAUUUACUCCGCAAGAUUCGAAUCGAUCCUGCUUAGUUUGAGACAUUUCGUGGCCUGAUACAACGGCUUGAGUCGAAGAAACGGGUCCGAUGUAACGAACCGCAUCCCAGGCCAAUCGCGGAUCGGGAAAACUUCAAUCUUGUUCUUUGCCCGACCCACUCCGUCCGAUCCUGCAGGGCCAGGAUCGAAGUUUAUUUGAUUAAUGUUGCGUGGAUGGUUUGACCGGUUCCAGACUUUGGGAGUAGUCUAUUCAUUAAGUCUGCUUUCUACCUUUCUCGUGAAGCAUUUCACCCAAUAUCCUGUUCUAUUUUCCAUUGUUAACAUGGGCGACUAUCCGCUGCAGAGAGACCCA